AUCGUUUCCGCCUAGAUAUCCGAAAACACUUUCAGCCGCUGCGGCUCGUAGUGCCGUCGUCCAGAUAGGGUCUCUCAUAAGUUCUCGCGAGUCCGUGAGGGUUGAACUUCCCAACGGUCGUUUGUUACAAGUAAGGAACCUUGGAAUCGAAAGUUGAAUACGAACACAGCUGAAAGUGGCAGCGGAUUGCUGACAGCUGUGUGAUGCAGCGGCCGCACUAUCCGGAAUUCAUCUAAAGGUUCAACUGCAUCGUCAGAAUGUGGGCGAAUACCUGCAGAAUUUCUUCAAGCCGCCUUUUUCAUACAACCGUUGUCCCAGAGGCAUUAAAUCGAGCUAUAAUCUAUUCGCAGCAUGGAUCUCCGCACGAUGUUCUUCGAGUCCUCACGUUUCGCGACCCACCAUCUCUCCCAGCCCCAAAUACCUUGACCAUCGAAUUUAUGCUUGCUCCGAUCAACCCAGUUGACCUCAAUACCAUAGAGGGCUCGUAUCCAGUUAGCCCAAAGUCAGAACCGGCUCUUCUCUCUAGCCACGGCCCCAUAUUUGUGGGUGGAAAAGAGGGUUUAGCAAAGGUGGUUGCCGUGGGAGAGGGUGUCUCUGGAUUUAUGGAAGGUGACUGGGUGGUCAUGUAUGAUCAUCGAGUUCCUACGUGGAUCAAGAGGAGGAACGUUCUGGCUACCGAUCUCAUCAAACUACCCUUGACAGCGAAGGAUGGACUGAGCGAAGUGAAUGGUGCUAUGAUAACGAUAAAUCCGCCGACAGCAUAUAAUAUCCUGAAAGAAUAUGCCGAUCUUCAAGAGGGUCAUUGGGUCAUUCAGAAUGGGGCAAACAGUGCAGUGGGCCAAAUGGUCAUACAAGUCGCUAAAUACAGGAAACUGAAUACCAUCAACUUUGUGAGGCAAAGGGAUGACCUCGAAGCUCUUUCACAGCGACUCCAAAAACUGGGUGCAACUAAAGUUCUGACCUAUGAUGAUCUGCAAGAAACAUCUCUUCGCAAUCGAGUCCAAGAGUGGACCCGAGGGAAGGACAUCCGCUUGGCUCUCAACUGCGUCAGCGGACCAACCACAGCUUCUAUGACAAGGCUACUGGGUCCGAAUGCUCACCUCGUCUCGUACGGUGCCAUGUCGAAGCAACCUCUUCUCCUUCCGACAUCUCUUCUCGUGUUCAACAACCUCACAGCGCACGGGUUCUCACAAGCCAGAUGGAACGGCACUCAUCCUAAAGCGGAUCUCGAAGCACUGGUAGGAGAGUUAGCCAAGAUGAUGCUCGACCUGCCUGGUUCCAAUAAUUCAAAUCUCAAGGAACCAAUGCACGAGAUUGUCCGUAUAGCAGACGAUGAAUCAGACGAGGCAGCUACAAAGAAAAUCAAGGAUCUGUUUAAAAAAGUAAUAGAAGGAAAAGUGUCCAAGAUUCUACUCAAGUGGAGCCAAUAG